AAUAGCGAACGUAAACCUCACAAUACGACUGAUAUCAGAUCAGUGCACACGAUCUGAGCGCGAGCCUCUGAUUGACACACGUCAGACCAAUCAGGUGCGGCGCGUCACACUGGCUCCCUGGCUCCACCAAUAGGAAGACGCGACGUUAUAGUUAUUGUCCUCGGGCCAAUCAGAGCAAAGAAAGGGGGCGGGAACGCAGCGAGUGGGUAGCAACAGUUGCCCGGGUGAGGACGAAGCGCCAUAGCCACGGUAGCCGUGGUGACAAGACCCCAGCAACGAGAAUCAACAACAACAACCCGAUUCACUGACAAAAAAAAAAACAUUAAAUCAAAAUACGGCUGGAAAAGUCACUCGGAAUAAGAGUCCAGGGUUAACCCAAUGGCAACUCCAGCAUAUGUGAGGGAGCUGCAGCAGACCUCCCAGCCUCAGGGAGGCGGUAUUGCUCCCACAUCAGGCCAGACUUCCACCGUGACGGCAGCUCCCCAACAAUUCCUGGCUGAACUUCAGACUACAGGGGCCACGUCUUCAGCGGCCCCACCCACCGACCAGACCACGCCCCCUCCCUCGCAACCACAGAAGAGCCAGGCAAUUGCCCAGGCACCGCCCACACAAUCCCCGCCCACUCAGACUCAAUAUGUCACAGCUGAGAUUCAGAGCUCACCUACGCAGUCCAGCAGUCAGAAUACACCACAGUACAUCGUUGUCACAGUUACAGAGGGUUCUCUUCAUUCCAGUGACUCUGUGUCAGAUUCUAGUCCUCCUGCUGCUGUAGUCCAAACUGGAGUUCCCACACAGGUGGUGCAGCAGGUGCAGACUGCCCAACAGAGGUCAGUAGUUCAAGCUACAUCUCAGACAACGAAAACAGAGCCGGGCACCCAGCUGAAUGUCACCAGCCUACAAUCUGUGCACCUGACACAGGAGAGCCCUUUUAUCACACAGAGAGGAAGUGAUGCACAGAGAGAGGGUGAACUGAAGAGAAAGAGACAGAUAGACGACUGGUUGGAGCAUAGGGCAGCAGUAGUACUACUAGAGAAAAGCACUAACCCGUUCGGAGACAGUUUAUCUUAUGCAUCUAUUAAUGGAGGUUUGCUGGAUUGCUCAUCCUGUUUUGCCCCAUCUCUACCUGUCACCUUUUCACCCCUCACCUUCUCAGUACCUGUCAUGUCAGUGGGCUGGGAGAGAGACAGGGUCUCCUACACCUCUGUUCCUGUGCCAGAUGUGCAGUCUUACCUCUAUGAGAUACCCUCUGCCCAUAGCGUACAGCAGCAGCUCCAACAGGUGCCAGUCCAGCAUGUGUAUACUAACCAGGUGCAGUAUGUGGAUGGAGCAGACGCUAACUACACCACCAGCACCAUUCGUUCCAGCAGUUUCCCAUACACCGAGGCCCCUCUGUAUACCCAGACCACUGCUGGACAGUACUAUGAGACCACCCCUGCCUCUGGGUCUGAGGCCACGUCCCCCGGCACCCCUCUCACCGUCUCUGUGACCACUGGAUCCCCCGGCGUGUCCAUGUUUGUGGCGGGGACGGGGCAGAUUGUGGCCAAUCCUACGACGGCGGCAGGGGGCGGAGUCACAGCUGUAGUGGCAACCACUGGGACGGUGGCCAAUGGUUCUGGAGACUCCGGAGGCGAGGCUAACGGUAGCAGCGGGAGCUACGUGAUUCAGGGCGGCUACAUGCUGACCGGUAGCGGGACCGGCAGCAGCGGAAACGGUCACGGUUAUCCGCACCCCACCCGUGCCUCUCCAGCCACCGUGAGUAUAAACGAAGGCGAGGACAAUAGCGUGCCGUCGGCAGACAAAAAGCUGUCCUCUGGCCCUCAGGUGCAGUGGUUGUUGGAUAAUUAUGAGACAGCGGAAGGGGUGAGUUUGCCCCGAUCUACUCUCUACUGUCACUACCUGCUGCACUGUCAGGAGCAAAAGCUGGAACCCGUCAACGCGGCGUCCUUCGGAAAGCUCAUCCGCUCGGUGUUCAUGGGGUUAAGGACCAGACGCCUGGGCACGCGAGGGAAUUCCAAAUAUCACUACUAUGGACUGCGGAUCAAAGCGAGCUCAUCUCUGCUCCGUCUGAUGGAGGACCAGCAACACCUGGCCAUGAGGCAGCAGCCCUUCUCCCAGAAACAGAGGUUGAAGCCAGUACAGAAGGUGGAGGGAAUCACGAACGGCAUGUCGUCCGGAUCGGGACAGCAGCAGCAGAGCUCGGGUCUGUCGGACAUCAGCACCCAGGUCCAGCAGUACCAGCAGUUUCUAGAUGCGUCCCGCGCUCUCCCAGAAUUCCCUGAUGUUGACCUGCAGGGUAGAGCUUUACCAGAGGGCAUUGAGCUGGAACAUCUUAAAAGCUUUCAGUUGCUCUACAGAGAACACUGCGAAGCCAUUCUGGACGUGAUGGUCAACCUUCAGUUCCCUUUGGUGGAGACUCUUUGGAAAACAUUUUGGAGGUUCAGUGAAAGUCAGACAGGAGACUCAACAACACUAGCUGUGCAUGAUGAGUCUGAGAAGCGGCUGCCCAAGUCAUGUUUGGUAGUGCUCUGUAAAUACGAUCCAGUGCUCCGCUGGAGUCGUGACUGCGACAACACACUGUACCAGGGCCUGGUGGAGAUGCUCAUCCCAGACGUCCUGAGACCUAUUCCCAGUGCCUUAACACAAGCCAUCCGAAACUUUGCGAAAAGUCUUGAGAGCUGGUUGACUAACGCCAUGAUGAACAUUCCCGAAGAGAUGGUUCGCGUGAAGGUGACGUCUGCGAGUGCGUUUGCUCAGACCCUGCGCAGGUACACCUCUCUAAACCAUCUGGCCCAGGCAGCUCGUGCUGUACUGCAAAACACGGCACAGAUCAACCAGAUGCUCAGCGACCUCAACCGAGUGGAUUUUGCCAAUGUGCAGGAGCAGGCGUCCUGGGUGUGCCGGUGUGAGGAUCGGGUGGUGCAGCGGCUGGAGCAGGACUUCAAACUGACCCUCCAGCAGCAGAACUCUCUGGAGCAGUGGGCAGCCUGGCUGGACGGCGUGGUCUCGCAGGUCUUAAAGCCGUACCAGUCUAGCACUGCCUUUCCAAAAGCAGCUAAACUCUUCCUGCUGAAAUGGAGCUUUUACAGUUCUAUGGUGAUCAGAGACCUGACUCUCCGCAGUGCUGCAAGCUUCGGCUCAUUUCACCUAAUCCGGCUGCUUUAUGAUGAGUACAUGUACUAUCUGAUAGAGCACAGAGUUGCCCAGGCCAAGGGCGAAACUCCCAUUGCUGUCAUGGGAGAGUUUGCAAGUCUUGGUCGGAGUUUGAAUCCACUAGAUCCUGAUAAAGAAGAGGAAGAGGAGGAGGAAGAAGACAGCGAUGAUGAGUGUCAGGAGUUGUCUCUGCAGUCUGAUGGGGGCGCUAUGGGGGAUGAAUCUCUAGAACCGCCCGCUAAGCUGGCCCGAACCGAUCAGAGAGUGCUGUUCACCACAGGAAGCAUGGAUAACUAAGAACUUAAAUACAUACACACAUAAACACACACACAUUUGCACACACAAGCACACACUCCACAUAAUCCUCAUCUGUCAUUCAUGCACUUAAACCAACACAUGCAUCUAAAAAACAAGUGCUGCAGCUUACGUAUGAUCACAACAUUUCAGAUGUUUGUACUGUAUGUACAUUUCCAAGCCUGUCGACGUCUCAAAUGCAGAGAUACACAAGUGCUCACUGAAACACAGAGACACAAAUAGAGCCGCCCUCGCCCUCACACACUCAUAUCAUAUCAAGAUCUUUGACUGGGUGCUCUUGGAUCUAAAUCUGAUUCUGUCUCUAAUAGCUAUUAAGACCCAGGAACAUGAAUGAAACCUGCUGCAACUGGAUCCUAAGAGUCGUUUGCGAUGGACUGAACUCUGAUUGGCUACUGAAACCUGAACGAAAAUAUCAGUCAAGGUUUUUUUUUUUUUUGACCUAAAAGGGUUGUUAGUGAGAAAAGAUGGACUGUAAGUGUGUUUGUUGAGUGUUGAUGUAUACUUUUCUGCCUAUCCGUGUGUUGUUGGUGUGAUUGUGAGUGACCCGGGACCUUACCGUUUUUAUCUGCUAGCGUGAACGCGUGUGUUUUUGUGCAUGUGCGAACGACCGUCUGUGGCUCUCAAGAAGUGUUGACAGUUGUUUUCGUCAGUGGUACCUUUUUUAGUUCUUGAUGCCUUCAGCGACUGCCAUAUCAUUAAUUGUUUUAAGCAUAUUAUAGCCCGGCUCUUUAAAACCCUUGAGUCUAUAGGUGUACGCAGCUGGGUUGUGUAUUGUUGAUUUUUAGGGCUAGUCUAUACAUACCUCUGCAAAUGACAGCAGUUUGCCAGAAAUAAGAAGGGAGUUUUUUUCCCCAGUAUGUUUUUCCUCUCUCUUUUUUUAAAUGGUUUUUAUAACAUUAAUUGACCUAUUUUGUUGCACUUUUUCCUCCUGCCAAAUGUCGUUCUGAGAUUGGUACAAGACAUUAAAUGUUUCUGUGCUUACAUACGUUUUUCUAUGGUCACGAAGUGACAAUCUUGAUGUGUACAGCGUUGUCUCACACUGUUUAGUGCAUAUUUGAUGGUUUGCUGUGUAUUUGAGAUUUGGGUCAAGAUGUUUUACUAGAAACCUUCAGACAAACUUGACACCAUUGCCCUUAGUAGCUAGAAGAUGUAAAAGGUAGAGAGCGAAACGAACUUUCAGCCAUUUCCUUCUCAAGACUCUUUGGUUGAAUUAGUUACUUGUGUUUGUGGCGUAUUCAAUGAUCAGUUUGAGAGACCUACAGUACAUUAAAACUCAAUAUCUCAAAUAUAAACAUAUAUAAACUAUGAUUAUUUCUGCUGUAUAUCUGAGCAUUGCACAAGAUGCUGACUGAUCUCAGACCAGCAUGAUGAUUUUCUUUCCCACGGGAAACAUAUCAGAAGAUCUGGAGAUCCUCUCUUUAUGACAGCCAUUUUCAUAACAAAAUGAAUUUCCCUGUUCACAUUUUUUUGAAAUCAUUUCCAUUUCCUGCUCAAAAAAAAAAAAAAAAAAAAAAAGCAAAACAAAACCAAGUGUGGCAGUGUUUUGAGUAAUCUGUCACGAGAAUGGUUGUGCCUUUGCAGUUAUCAAAUAAAAUCCAGAUGUUUUUAAUUUAAAA